AGGAAUCGCGGGCUCGGGGAACGAGAUUGGACUUUACUUCAUGUUCCGCCAUCUUGGCUUCACUCAUUAAUGAGGGAAAGUCAGAGGGUAGCGUUCCAGUCCAGUCUUAUUUGAGUUCACUGACCUCGACACUAACAAACUCAUAGCGUCAAUCCCGACUUUGACGCGGUCUAAUGCGUGAUUUCACUUCAAUCUUAAAGAUCAAAUGUGAUGAUCUGAUCGCCUGAUGUAUAUUGUAAGCACUUAAUAUACUUAAAGAACCUUACGGGUGCGAAUUAUUAAUUAAUAUGAGGAGUAAUAGUAACCUUCGAUCGAGAUUUCAUUUGUUGAUCGGCAUAGUAGGCACGAUAGUGUUUUGUUCGGGAAUUUUUAUAUUAGCAUCUGGUAUUGUCGUAAGAGAUCUUCUGUGGAAUAAACUAACGCAUGUAUACGAUGUCGGUCAUAUCACCUGCCAAUACUGGGCUGGAAUACCGACCAUCCUUACAGGGAGUAUUUUAGUCCUCGCUGUUGUCUGUAGACACCAGGUCUUGAAAUACGUCAGUGUAUGUGCUGUUCUCAUUACGAUGGUAUUAACACUGGGUGUCAUUAUGGAGGAAUCGGCAAAAGCGUCAGCCGUACAUUACCAUAGCCGUGACGGUUUUUUGUGCAAGGAAUGGUUGGAAAGACAAUAUAACGAAAAAAGGCUACACGAAUUGAAGGCAGAUUGUUUAAAAUUUAAGGAGGCAGCUCCCUGGUAUUACAUCAUGGUAUUUGCGGCAGAUAUUGUUUUUGUAUUGUGUUCAUUUGUGGCGCUGAUAUUGUUUAGUGACUGGUUCUUAUUUGUCGCUCCGAGAUCAUCAUAUUAUAGUUCUGAGUUGGCGCACAACCUUCCUCCAGCAUAUCAAACAGGAUGUUAUAAUAUGCAACAUUUGUCUAAUACUCAACAAGAUCCGAAUCCAAUAUAGAUGUUUAACGACGGAUACCACCAAUAAAUACACAGGGAGUGCACCAGCUUAAAAAUAAUAUAUCAGUGACCAGAAAGAUCUUGAGCAACAUGGGGCAAGCUCGAGUUAUGUUUGAAGCUGUUGUAGGAAAGACGUCCUUCCCUAAGAUGUAGUUCCAACUUCAGCGAUAGUCGAUUAGUCAGUUUAAUUAGUUUAUAAAAACGAUAGCCUAAAAGGGAUAGUCAAUAGUCAUUUUAUAAAAAGUAAUAGGUUAAACGUGCUAAAGGUUAAACGUGUUUGUAACAUAAUGUUUCAAACAAAAAGAGAUGAUAUUUUAUAAUUCGUAGCUAUUACUGUUAGAUGAACUGAACUGAACUUUAUUUAUCCACGGUGGAUUCAUCAGGGUUACAAAUUGUAGCUACAUGCAUUAAACUAUAAAUAUAUAUAUACACACUAAAAUAUAUAAUACACAAAUACAAAUGAACCUGUUUUCCAUGAAUGCCGUGUUUACCGAAUAUAACAUUUCAACAAUCUUUGAAAUUCAUUUAGGGAUUCUGCCUGCAUGUCUGAUAUUAGAGAGCUUUAGAUUUGACUACGGCUCCCGCUACCGCUACGAGAUUAUGCUCCCGCUACCGCUACGAGAUUAUGCUCCCGCUACCGCUACGAGAUUAUAACUAGGUAGGCUGUUCCACAAGACCGCAAUACUAUAACUAAAGCUGUUUUUAGAUAAUUGGAGCGGGGUAAUGGAACAGCAAGCUUGUUCACAGAGUCUCUGAGUGAAUAGUUAGUUACAUCGUUACGAUUUAUAAAUUUGGAAUGUAGAUAUUCAGGAGUGAGACCGUGUGUAGACUUUUAAACCAUCAACGCUUUCUGAAUUUGGCGUUGCGUAUUUAGAUUGUCCCACCCUAAAAUUUCCAUUAUAUGUCCUGCAUCGGUGUCAAUUCGUGAUCCUGUAUACUGGACAAUACUGGAUUAAUACUUAACUUAUCAACUUUCGUUAUGAUGACGUCAAGUGUGGGGUUUGCUUUAUAUAAAAUUGCUUUAAUUUGCCAAGUAAGAAUCAUAAGUUGUUCACUUAAAUGUUUCUAGAAAGGUAAAACUACAACCAAAAACGAGUUCAAGGUCCAUAUUGACACAUUUUCACUGAAAUCUCACAGUAUAUAUCUAUAUAUAUAGUUUCCGUAGAUUAUAUCCUUAGUAAUGUAUUGAUGUAAAUUAGGUUUUUCCCUUAGUCUGCAUGCUUUUAAAGAUACCGUUGUUUUAUAAUGAAAGAAGACACACGUUGAUAGCAGUAAUUUAUUACUGAAGUGUUUUUAUCCUGUGUUUUUAUCCUAAAUAUUAUUUAUUAUUUAGGAUAAAAAUAAUAAUAAUUAUAAUUAUAAUAGUAUAUAAUAAUGAUAAUAAUGACUUCGCCGAAUCAAAACCUUUCGUUUCUUUUAUUUACUCUGUAACUAUGUAUGUUAUUAUGUAACUUGCAUCACAGGUAGCCCGCUAUUGGAUUUCAUUUUAGUUUUAAAAUAUUAAAUAAAUUCUAUGCAAAACGACAUGAAGUGUCACCUUCCUUCAUUCACUACUGACAUAUUAUCGCAGGCGCCAAUUCGUGCGGUGCAGUGUACCUUUAUGUAUAUAUUAAUAUAAUAAUAUGGUAUGUGCAAGUUACCAUGCAAGUUACCACUAUGGUAUGACCAUAUUAAUUAUUAUAUGCAAAAUGUUCUAAAAGAGUUUUAGACAGCCGGUACUUAAUGCAUAAUUAAUUUUAAAACGCGUCAACAAAUAACUCGUAGUUGUUACACUAUAGAAUGUACGUAAAUUAGCAGAACGAUGGGAAUAAGACCAACCGUUAGAUAUUCGACUCCCCCGUUGAGGAGAAAAACGAUGAAAUUGCAUCUCCAGGUGCGUGUGUAUGCAAGAAAACGUUUAAAAUACCGGAGGAUUUGUAGCUUUUGGUCGCUCUAACUAAACGUUGCAUGAUCAAGUUAUGUGUUCCUUAAAUGACGUCAAACGUCUCUCGCCCCAAGCUCCUUUAUUGUCG